AUCGCGGCGCCUCAGACGACUGGGCCCCCCGUGCCCCCCGGAUAUAACAAGACCUGAUGACCCCCGCGCCCAUCAUCCUUGAUACAUGUACGGAACUUGUAUCCAUGACGACCACAUCGUUAUGACCGAGUAACUAAUCACGAUAAUCAAACAGAUUACUCCGUCACAAACAUUCACACCGCUUACUCAUAAACAUCAUGAUGUCAAUGUUAGACGAUGUAAAUAUAUAGCUCUUGAUGUCGUAAUAUUUACUUGUGAUAGGGUAGUCACGAGUAGAUCAACUUCCAGGAACGUGAUUCCCCUUUAAUCACCACCCGUAUUACCACCCCGAUAUCCACUACAAGGGUAUUGUACACAGGGCGUGUUCCAAUUGACAUCAAACAUCCAGAAACAUAUAUCACAAUCUUACUAUCCGCUAAGCUGGAUGCCAGUCAUCUUAUCUAUACUGUUUCUAACAUGUGGGCCUUUGUCCACCAAUGCUCCACCCGUUCUGACAACAUACCGCGGUAGUCAUCUCAGCGUCAGUUUGCUUAAAUAUAUAUGUUAGGCCUGCGGCUUCCAUUGGAUGCUGUACGUAUAGCGUUAUAUUGACGUUGACAUUGUGUAGCAAUCCUCAUCUUCGCGAGUGUAUUUGAAUAAGCCAGAACUGCUUUUAUAUGGUUUAACGCCAUUGGUCUGUGAAAACAUGAGUGCAUGAAUAGAGUUGUAUGGAAACUGAAACGAUUUCGUAGCAGCACCUGAAUGACUCUGCUACGUUAGGUUUAUGUUACUUUCACACCGUUUGAAUGGAGGUUACGUUGUUUCUGUCGGGGUUGAUUGCGUCACAUACUUGAGGAACCUUUUGACUACAACUGUCUGAACUCGCCACCAGAGAUCUGUUGCGGAUGUCACAUCCAGUGAGAGGGGAUCUACCAUGGAUGUUACUGUAUUUCCUCGUGUACAUCGGGAACAGUUUCGUCACGCUGAUCGAAGAGUAUUGACUUCACUGCUUGUCGUAUUGUAAGAGAUCAUUCCAAGAUGAAAACGUGUAAUGGGUUGACCUUUGUUGUGCUGCUGGGGAAUACAUUGUUCCUGGUUGGCCACGUUGUUCGCUCUGCCUGCCCAGAUGACGGAACACCGGUGCUGCAGAUGUGUACAGCAGAAUCACUAAAAGUGUUUGGGGCCUACCUAGACUCAAAAGGCAUGGCGGAUGCCUACCUCGAGUGUUCUUGCAGAGUAGAGUCCUCUUCACCCGUUGUUGUUACUGUGACCCCGAGCAGCACACUGAACCCCACAACAUGCAAGUUCACAGAUGUGUUUUUCAAUGCUGGACUGAGUAAUGCCAAUUAUAACUGGAAUUGUGAUAACCCAAAUGGAUUUUCCACGGUAAAUGAACGAGUCGACAACAGAGGCCCUCUCAGUUUUACUAUCAAAAGGACAGACACGACGAACAGCCCUGAUCCUGGAUACUGCAUUCUUCUUACAGCACAGACGGUUGUUGAUGUCAUAUGCGGUGAACAGCUUCAAACAACGUCAACAACUACAAGACGGGGCAUGAACACGAUUGAUGCGUUUCCAUUAAAACGUCGGACCACCACUGCACCUCCGGUCACAACGACAGAGACAACGACAACGGUAACAACAACAACAACGACGGCAGAUACGACAUCGCCCAUUACUUCAGCAUCGACAGAACAAACAGUAUCACCAACAACGUCCCUACAACGAGAUACGACGCCGCCUGACGUUACGUCAACAUCUGACUCAUCCAGUAGUUCAACAACAACUGCACCCGCGCUAUUCUCAUCAUCUGCAUCCACUACAGAUGCAACAACACAACCAGCAUCCUCAGACUCAUCCAGUAGGGAUACGGUAUCACCUGUCUCUGUGACCGCGAGGAAUACGUUCCGGCGGGAUAAUGCCACCGUAGCGAUUCUACCCUUCCCUCCCUUUAAAGCUACUACUAUCACAACAACGAAAAUACAGGGGAGGCUACUCCCCGCCUUGCCAAGUCAACCAGUGUUUACAGGUACAACGACGACAUCAACUCCAACUUCUUCAGGAACAACUGAUAACACAGGUGGCGUUACCGACACUGCCACAGGUACAACUGAUAACACAGCUGGCGUUACCGACACUGCCCCAGGUACAACUAUUAAAUCAGCUGGUGUCACAGACACUGCAACAGGUACAACUGAUAACACAGGUGGUGUCACAGACACUGCCACAGGUACAACUGAUAAAACAGCUGGUGUCACAGACACUGCCACAGGUACAACUGAUAAAACAGGCGGAGUCACAGACACUGCCACAGGUACAACUGAUAACACAGGUGGCGUCAUAGACACUGCCACAGGUACAACUGAUAACACAGGUGGCGUUACCGACACUGUCACAGGUACACCUGAUAACACAGCUGGCGUUACAGACACUGCCACAGGUACAACUGAUAACACAGGUGGCGUUACCGACACUGCCACAGGUACAACUGAUAACAUAGCUGGCGUCACAGACACUGCCACAGGUACAACUGAUAACACGGGUGGCGUUACCGACACUGCCACAGGUACAACUGAUAAAACAGGUGGCGUUACCGACACUGCCACAGGUACAACUGAUAACACAGCUGGCGUUACCGACACUGCCCCAGGUACAACUAUUAAAUCAGCUGGCGUUACAGACACUGCCACAGGUACAACUCAUAACACAGACGGCGUUACCGACACUGCAACAGAUACAACUGAUAAAACAGCUGGCGUCACAGACACUGCCACAGGUACAACUGAUAAAACAGCUGGCGUUACCGACACUGCCGCAGGUACAACUCAUAACACAGACGGCGUCACAGACACUGCCACAGGUACAACUGAUAAAACAGCUGGCGUUACCGACACUGCCGCAGGCACAACUGAUAACACAGGCGGAGUCACAGACACUACUGCUACAGGUACAACUGUAGAAACAAGUGAAAGUGGAGUCAAAACUAGCACAUCGGCGAUCGGGAUAACGGGCUCUGCUACAGAUUCUGGAGCAACGGCAUCAGGCACAUCAAGUGUACCAUCUGGUUCGAGUUCUGGAGGCCGCACAUUUUCUUCUACCUCUGUCAUAACCAAUACCCCGUCUUCCAUGCUUACCUCACCACAUGUAUCCACUAUUAACAGUAUACCCUCCACUACACUAACUCCCCGUGUACCCGGGGUGUCUACAGUGUCUCCCACUAUACACACAACUAACACAGGGAGUCCUGGACAAGAUACGUCCAGCACCUCAACCCUCACGACAACAGGUGAUAUUACAGGACUUACGCCCAAACCACCACAAGCCGCCGUGUCCGACACCAGGGAACUUAUAGGGUUGGUGGUCGGAUGUAUCCUAGGAACAGUCCUUCUCAUAGCCAUCGCUGGCGUCUGUCGAUAUUAUCACUCAAGUCGGAGGAAGAGCGAUCCAGAGUCCGAUGCGUCAACUGAUUCAACAUCUGACGGGAGUUGGGACAGGACGCUGUUCAGUAGAAGUACUCUGGUGCUCAAGAGUAACGCCUCCACCCUGAUGUACAAGCCCAGCCACGAGAUCCUCUUCCCUCCAGUCAACUACCUGCCCACGUACAAAGUCUACUGAGUGAACUGCGUGGCACUGACAGUUGGACCUCGUCUGAGACUCUCCCAGAACAUGCAGUGAUGAAGAUGGUCGGCAUCAUGUGUUGAUGCUGUGUUGAUGCUGUGUCAGGCCCAUUGGUGCCAAACGAAAAUGGCUUACUUCUGGACACUGGCUGUGUGGGUUAUCGUUCGCAUAUGGGAUGUCGUGGUUCCUUGCCCUGAAGUCCAGUUGUCCUAGGUUCCGGGUGUCCAUGUGUCCGGGUGUCAGAAGAAGCAGAUUUAUGUACAGUUUACAUGUAUUCAAAAUGAGAGGAAAGACAAGGACGAGGACAAGGUUUACCAUACGGUUUCUUUGUUCACAAUUCAGUCUCAAGAUUGCUAACUGAUACCCUCAUCGACCUUAUCUUGUAAUACUCCAAAGCAAUUACUCCUGAUGGAUUAAUAGCCUGAUAUGAAUUUAUUUAUAUAUAAUAUUUAUCAAAAUAAAAGUUUCGUACAUUCUGUUUCAGAAAUGUUUUUUGGGGGGGGAAAUGUACGUAUGCAGGAACAUUACGCUGUGAAUUGUUCACGUAGACCACAUUCUAAAUCCCAUUUUGUAAUGUUACUUCCACGCAUAUAUGUUUGCGUAAAUAAUUGAUUGGUCAUUAUAGAAUUAUCAAGUUAUAUCAGACAGCCAAUGGCGCAUCGUUGAAUAAGUACUGUGUAUGGAUUAGUUAAUUAUAUUGUAUACUACGGGUUAGUAGAGUAUAUAUCAAGUGGUCUUUGUACAUAUGUACUAUUUUGUCCACGGUUUCACAUUGUGAUAACAAUAUACUACUCUGAUACUCUGACAUGUAAAGCCGUAUACUCAGCUAAGCAUUUAGUAACUUCUUGUGAAGAACUUUUAAACAUGUUAUUUCAUACUUUUAUAUCAUUGUGAUCUUUUUUGUACAUGAACAAUUGUAUUUAUCACAUAUCUGUCUAUAAUAUAUGAAUGUAAAAUAAA